AGUUUUAGCCUGCAGUGCAGCACCCAUUGAUCAGGGAUCUCAUUCGUUGUUCGGUCAUCAUCCUGCCACUGAUAUCGCGCACCAAUGACCGGUGCCAGAGGGAAAGACACCUCCGAGGAGCCAUCGAUCGCAUUCCGAAUCAUUUGCUAUUUUGGGGCAGGAAUUUCCCGUAAUCUGUUACCCCGCAUUUCUUGACCGUGCCGGGAUAUUGUGAUCGAUAUCAUACAGACAUACAGUAACGCCAUGCGGUUCAGCUCAGACCCUGCUGCACCUUUCCCUGUCGCACUGAUAUUGAAAUGCCGACCGAUGGCAACAUUGAGAUCUGGGCGGCUAUUGGAAGGGAUUGACGGGACCGUAUCCGGGGGGAGGGGGGUGGCAGUACCGCUAGGCUGAGCUGAGUGUACAGCCAGUCAACCUAUGAAUAAAGCACGGGUCGAUCGCUAUGCAGCUGAGACCCACGAACCCUUUCUCUCUUCUCAGCUCAACCGAAGUCAACUCAGCUCAGCCGAUGCGUGUGCCACACCUCUUCAUAGAGUACUGUACCGUACCUGCUACAUGGAGGAGGGUGGGAUCGACUUACAUCUGAUCAGGGGCAACCAUCUCAAGGUAUUGACCUGUAAGAAGCCGUUGGGACAUGUACAGGGUGCAAUCACCCGAGUCAUGCCUACAGCCUUCCGCGUGUUCCUCAGACAUGUGCGUGCGCAAUACGGGGGAGAGGGAGGGGGGAAGGGGGCCGUACGGGAAACACAUUCCUUUCACUGCUCCCCGGAUUUCACAAUUCCCAUGGUUGCACCCCCCGGUCGGAUGAUCAUGGGCCACCCAGGCAGUGAUUUACAAGCUUCCCUCGUCUGCACCGUCGAUCUAUCGGUGACACAGACCCAUCGGAUUACAAAUGAUGAGGAAGGGAUGUGCAAGUUGAGUUUUUUUGAUAACCUUCAAGCCUUCAUGGAGGGACAAGCGAUGCGACAGCAUCAAGGAAGAGAGGGCAUAGAUGCACAAUUCGGUGGAGGGAAAUGGAUUUGUGACGCUGCAAAAGCAAAGUGAUAGACCAGAUGUUUGUUUGUCACCUUAGCUGCAGCCCCUAUUAGUUUCAGCUUCGCCAAGGAUUGAACUUGCGAGGGCACUCAAGUGCAUAUUGCAGCAUCAU